GGUGUGUUCAUUGCGCUGAUGUAAACACAAAAUACGCCUCACAGCUCGACGGAUAAUCGUGGUGGACUGAGCUGCUGAGGUUAACCCAGAAAGAGUCGUCGGCGGUGCGGAAAACCCUCCGUGUACGUCGCGUGUAAUAUGCUCUAAAGCACCGAGGGGGGCGCCAUGGAUUUCUACAUCAACCUGAAGGUGAAUUUCAGGGGAAAUUCCAAGAAUUUCCUGCUGUCGGGAUCCGAGACCAAGAGCUGGGAGUCGAUGGAGGCCAUGGUCAAGCGCUCCUUUGGCCUGUGCAGCCUGCAGCUGACCUACUUUGAUGAGGAGAACGAGGAGGUGUCCAUUAACAGCCAAGCUGAGUAUGAGGAGGCUCUGAAGAGUGCGGUGAGGCAGGGGAACCGACUGCACAUGAAUGUGUACGAAACUCGAGGCCAGCCGACGAGGGUUGCCACCACCAAGGCCAGCGGAGCAGAACCCAAGAGGGGCUUCAGGCCCCCACAGCACUGCCCUUCACUUGCUCAGGUGGUCAGUCGCAAGGUCCAGGCUGCAGUGCCAGAACAGGGCAUGGUGAUCAUGAAAGAAGUAAAAGGGACCAAAGAAGAAGACAAGACUCCUCCAGCCUGGUUCACCUCCUACAUGGAGAAGUUCAAGGACCAGGUAGUUCGUGAGGCAGUGGAAAAGAUCUGUCGGGAGUUUUCAGGACAAUGCUGCAUCCACAAACCCCUGGGAGGGGGAGGAGGAGCAGCAGGAGGAGCUGGUGGAGCUGGUGGAGGUAGAGUGGAAGCUGUAGGAGGAGCAGAGACCCAGCAGGUCCCCGAGGUGUCCUCUUCCACUCUGCCUGGAGCUCCGUCCUCCUCAACUCCUCCCUGCUCGUCCUGCAGGGGGCAGACUACUGGAGGAGGCUAUCAGUGCAGCGUGUGCACCUCUUGUACUCUGUGCGAGCCCUGCAGCUUCUCCCACGAUCCCAGUCACAAUCUGGUGAGAGCCAGGACUCCCCUGUCCAUCCCGGAGCACGGAUCACCGGCCCCAGACCACAGCAGGUUCUACAGGCGGGGGGAUCGCAGUUUCCGAAAGGCAGAGAAGCAGCGGCUGAAAGCCGAGAAGCGCCUGCUGAAAGCUGAGGUGAAGGAAAUCCGGAAGCAGCUGAGGAUGGAGAGGCGGGGCAUACAGUGGAGCUCGUCCCAUCGAGACGGAAGCUCCUCCCCCGUCCUCCUGCAGCCUCGAGCCACACAGCACAACAGCCCAGAGCGACCAAAGCGCCCCUGUCCCCUGGUGGUUCCUGCCAUGACGGCAGCGUUUUUGGACGAAAACCUUCCUGACGGAACGCGUCUGCGUCCUGGGACCAAGUUUAUCAAGUACUGGAAGAUGAGGAACACUGGGACUCUCAGCUGGAGUGCUGAGACUAAGCUGAAGUUUAUGUGGGGAAACCUGGCAGUGGGAUCUGGAGACCGCUGGAGAGAAGUGGCAGUUCCCUUCCUGCAGCCGGGACAGGUUGGCAUAGUGAGCGUAGCACUGUGUGCGCCCACUGUGGAGGGCUCCUACACAUCUCACUGGCGUCUGGCCCACGCUGGGGAGCAGUUUGGACCGAGAGUGUGGUGCAGCAUCGUGGUCGACCCUCUGGCUCCAGCACCCAUGAUGGCUGAUGGGAUCCUGGUUUCACCCUGUGUCACACCGCAGGGCAAGAACCCAGUAGCCAAGGAUGGGAAAGCGUGUGCAGCUUCCAGGGAACAGCCGUUAUUGUCAGUGGACCAAGAAGAGUACUACAUCCCGUCUGUAGACCUGCUCACCGCACAGGAUCUUCUGUCUUUUGAGCUGUUGGAUAUCAACAUCGUCCAAGAGUUGGAGAGCGCCCCCACCAACACGCCUGCUGACAUCACACCCUGCAUGUCCCCUCUGUCUCAAGAUGGCCCUCUGCUGGACAAGGGCAGCCCCUCCUUGGGUCUGAUUCAGGAAGAGACUGAAGUCAUCAAUAGCAUCAUGGAUGUCCCCCACGGGGUAGGACCUGGAGCUGAAGGGGGCGGAGUCCCGGCUCAGGAGGAAGGGGAGGAUGACAUCAGCGGUACUCAGUUUGUUUGUGAGACUGUGAUUCGCUCGAUGACCCUGGAGGAGGCCCCUGAUCACAUACCUCUGAGAGGAUCCUGCCCAGGAACAGGAAAAGUGGUACGUCCAGCUGCUCAGGGCUCCUCCUCCUCGCUGUCCUGUCUGAGUAAAACGGUGAAAAUGGAGGAGAGUCCCGACAGCUGCUCUAGCAACUCCAAGACUCCCAUGAAACCCCUCGUUGGUCUCAAGGCGUCCAUCCCUUCCCCACUGAAAGCCUCCCUGCCCACUCCAACGUCUGUGACCCUGAACGUGCUGCCUGGCCCGAGCUCAGCACCGGGGCCGCUCCACGCUUCGGCCGGGACCGCCACGCUGCCAGAACACACCGCCACAGGUGAAGCUGAGGAGUCGCACAUGGAGAGCAUCUGUGUGGAGCCCAGAGUGAGGGAGAAGCAAGAAGAGGAGGAGAAGAGGGAUGUAAUGAGGAGUCGCUCCUCCUCCACGUCCUCCGAGGAUUACAUCAUCAUCCUCCCUGAUUGCUUUGACACCACUCGGCCCCUGGGAGAGUCCAUGUACAGCUCUGCUCUGUCCCAGCCCGGAGACGUCCAAGCCAAGACCGACACAGACCCAGAUACCCCCUCAGCUGAGCGUCGGGACAGUGCCGCAGGAGAGGGGGAGGCGGACGAGGUGGAUGAAGCGGCUCCAGGAAUGGAGCUGUCAGGAGCCAGCAGUGCCAACGAUAUGCUGUGUACAUCCCAGACGCUGGACGAUGAGCCGCUGACUCCUGAAGUAGUCACCCCGCCUCAAGCUGUCGUCACAUCACACCCAGAGAGCAGCGCAGAGAGAGAGGAGGAGGAUGCCGGCGCUGAGGAAGGAGCGCAGGGUUCAGAACUGCACCAGACUGAGGACGAAGCAGCUCCUGAGCGCGCUCAGACUGAUCCUGAAGCUACUGACACGGAGAAGAACGACCCCGAGGACCCCAGGCAGCAAGGCCUCACCGGCGGCCUGGUGAAAGGAGCUCUGUCAGUAGCUGCCUCUGCCUACAAAGCCCUGUUCACCGGACAAGGCCCCACACAGCCUCCAGUGGAUGCAUCCACCCAGGACACCAUGAUGGCCGUGCUGGUGGAGAUGGGUUUUGCAGACCGCUCUCUGAACCAGCGUCUGCUAAAGAAACACAACUACAGCCUGCUGGACGUGGUCAACGAGCUCGUUCAGAUGACCGACAAUGACUGGUACUCUACACGCUACUGAUGACGAGGAGGCCAAACUCUUCCUCCUUCUUUUCAGCUCUCCACUAAUUUGCCCUUUUGGACCGAGGACUAUACUACGAGCUUGUAAGGGGACAUUCCAGCAGCCCUGGAUCCUCCAGCGGACCAUCACCCACCCACUGUCUGUAGUUUUAGUACUUUCAGCGUAGAUCUUGGUAGUUGCAGGUUUUCUUUGCAUAUCUGUCUAAGAAAGGUGAAAACAGGAAUUCUAGGUCUUCAAAUGUGAAUCACACCACGUGCUAACAUCAUGGAUUUUAACGAAGUGUGAAGCGUGAAAGCAUUCGCUUCCAUCAAACCUGAGCUAAAGUUGUGUUGCUGCAGAAACUCCACGGUUGCUGUACCUGCUCCUGUUGGUUGCAGGGAUCCCAAAAAGCUACCGACGGCACCCUCACGCGUUUCCUUUGCUCAAGUCCACAGCAGCAGACUCUCACAGGUCGCCUACCGAACCCGCUCGCUCAGAACAUCUUUGGGCAAAAAGAAAAUGCAGCUUCGUGCUGAUGGUCCUGCUGAGGCAUCAAGUCAUCUCAUCUCCUCAGUCUUGUUCGCCUCGUCCAGUCGGCUCCAUCACACCAGCUGGUGGUGCAUGUUUCUGCGUAUUGUGGUGAAAACUGUAACAACCAGCUCGACUGGUAGUGAGCUGAUGCUGUUCACGAAGCUAGCAUUGUUUGCAAAUUUCCUUUGGUUAGAUAUCAUCGGCCUGUGUCCCAGAGCAGGCCCACACAGCUGGUCUGCACAGUGUCAGCUGCAGGUUUGCUUCUUUCUGUUUUAUUUGAGCUGCCGUUCCAACAGCUACUAAUAACUUUAUUAUCGGGUUGUAAAUAAUCACACUGACUGUAGGUAAGCAGAACUGGUCAGGCGACGUAGUGUGUGUGAGGCUUUACUGUAUAAAAUCUGACCCUUUGGUGUUUCCAGAGCUCCAGCUGGAGGAGCAGGACUGCUCCGACACAUUCGUGUUGAUGUGACUUGUGAUGAUGAAUGCAAUGAAGUACUUUGAUGUUUAAAUAGCCGUGCUAUUCAAAACACACAUUCCUCCUGUUUUUGAGUCGGUUUCCCAGAACUCGCACACGUGCUCAGCCCAGAUCAUCUGAGUGACGCUCUUCAUGCUGGUAACGACGUGUGUGAUGAGCUUUUUGCAGCGUGCCGUUUUGGUUGCACGUUGCCUUUGUCCUGUAACUUUAGUCCAUCACUGAAACUAAAGGGAUUUUCUCAUAUACACUAAAUACAACAUGUGUGCAUAACCUGUUUUAGAGAAGUCAUUGGAAACCACUCGGUGUAGCUGAAACUGAGCCGGACUGUUAGCUGGUGUGUGAUUUACUGCUGUUGUGAGUCAGUGGUGGUGAACAGACUACACUGUCCCACUGCAUGAUGGUUAACUAGCUAAUCAACCAGGUUUGUUCAGCACUCAGAGCUGCAACCUCGCGGAGAACCACAGUUUACCCCGAGCUGCUGUGGAAACGCACCAGUUCCUCUGCAUAGAUCGUAGCUAAACAUGAGCAGCAGCCUACGUUCUUCCUUUCCUGUCCUCUGCGCGUCCCAUCUUCUUAUUUCCUACCCAUGUUUACAUGCUUCUGCUGUUUUGAAUGGAGACGCAGUUUUGUGGCUUUAGAUGAAGUUCAUUAUCAGCUGUUUGCUUUCAGUUCUCCCAUCAGAUGAAGAAUUUAAGAUGGGCGGACGGUGAGCACACGACGUGCUUGCCUGUUCGGUUUGUGGUACGUCUGCUCAGGAUCAGCUGAGGGGCCCGGGUGAUGGCGACUUGAUUUCAGCAUUAAGGUUUGGUAACUAUAGUAACACCUUUGGAAACGGAUUUCCCUCCAUCCACUAGAGAAAGUUCCAAAGAGGUGUGCGGGUCACGAGGGGCUCGUUGCCACGCUUGUUGUGAAUCCCAGGCACACGUGGUGAUCCAGACGUUGGCGGGCUUGGUCAGGUGUGCGCAGUAAGGUCGCUGCUCCUUCCUUUUGCUCGUAGCUGGACCCUGAGCUGACUUCAUUAGUAAAGUAGUGGGCUGUGAGUUUAGGUUCUGCUUUGACUGCUUGAAGGCUGUUUGUAAGUUUGACGUCGUGUCUUUAGGUGUGCUAGUUAAAGCUGCUCUGCAGUUUUAGUCUCAUACUUGUGUGGUGCGAUACGCUGCGUGCUACUAUACUUUAUGCCGUUACACAUCCACGUAACCUCACGUCACAUGGUACCCUGUCUGUGUCGGUCUGCAACAUGUCUGUGCAGAAAGCAACAGUGUGGGUGGAGCCUGAGGCAGACGUGCAGGUCACAUGCUGGGUGGUUGAAACGAUUUAAAGAACAGCAUGAGCUCUGUGUUCGUUAUAACUUUUGUCUUUCCUGCAGCUGCCUGAAGGACCAGCCACGGGUGCAGAGGUACAGCCCCCACACUGGGCCACGUUUUUGACUCAAACAGCUCCGGACAUCUCACACGGAUGUUUAGAUUUUUAAGAGUGGCAUUCAUCAGUUUUAGGCAUUCAUUAUUUCUUUUAUAUUAGCGUUUCAUGAAUCAUGCUGUCGGGUUUCACCCUCUCGGAUAGGUAAUUAAUUUGAAAGGUAAGAAUAAAAGUGUCCUGCCACAGGUUCAGUGUGGCCUGCUUCAAAUGAAGGUCAGGUGUGUGCCGUGUGUCAUCGUGCUGAAAUGAGUCGUCAUGUGAAAAACGGGGGAUGGCUCGAGCUUUUUUCUGUGUUGCACUUUAUGAAUAUUGUAUGAUGUACAAAUCAAUAUGUCUCCAAUUAAAUGCAUUACACCCAC